AGCAAAAACAGUAACUGAGUUGCUGUGCACACUAUUUCAAGUUUCCUACAUCACCAGAAUCAACAUGCCCAAGUGUCCUAAGUGCCAGAAAGAAGUGUAUUUUGCUGAAAGAGUUACUUCUCUUAAUAAAGACUGGCAUAGGCCAUGCCUAAAAUGCGAGAAAUGUGGAAAGACUCUGAGUCCUGGUAGUCAUGCUGAGCAUGACGGCAAGCCCUACUGCAAUCAACCUUGCUAUGCAGCACUGUUUGGACCAAAAGGUUUUGGACGAGGUGGAACAGAAAGUCACACUUUCAAAUAAGUCUGUUGGUUUACAAUCUGGAGGAAUACAGAAUCUACUAGAAAUUCGUUCAUCUCCUCCUGCAUGAUGAUAUAACGAUGAUUAGAUUUUAAUUACAAACACAUGCUAAAAAUGGUGGUCAUCUAGUUAACCAAUGUUAAUGUCACAAUAUAGUGAAAUCAAAAUGCCCUGUUUCUGUAAUACCACUGAAAAAUUACUAUUGUUCAUAAACCAUAAACAUUAUACAAGUGUACAUGGUUGAUACAAAAUAAAAGGCUUUAAAAAAAA